AAGUUUGUUUUUUGAUUGUAUUCAUUGCAUCUUGAGUGUGUGGUUUAUCAUUUGGUAAAGUGUGGAGCCUCGAGUGAAGAACAGAGAGCUACUCGCUUGUUUCUUCUCAUAGUGCUCCAAAAAUUUACUGCCUUGGUAGAAUUGGAUAAUAUUGUCCUAUUAUCUUAUCAAUUCUGUCGAGAUGCUCAUGUCAACUGUGAGAGUUCCCUCCCAAUGUAUGUUGAGAACUGCUUCUCGGCCUCAAAGCCCACUUAACGUUGCCAAAGGCCCAACUUCCAUUGCAGCAGUAAAGAGCAUCUCCAAAUCCUUUGGCUUGAAAUCUUCAAAUGGUUUCAGAACAUCAGCAAUGACAGUAUACAAGGUUAAGCUGGUUGGACCUGAAGGAGACGAGAAAGAGUUUGAUGCCCCUGAUGAUACUUACAUUCUAGAUGCUGCUGAGGAGGCAGGGAUUGAGCUUCCAUAUUCCUGCAGAGCAGGUGCAUGUUCCACCUGUGCCGGUAAAGUGGUGUCGGGAGCUGUUGACCAGUCAGAUGGAUCCUUUCUCGACGAGAACCAAAUGAAAGAAGGUUAUUUGUUGACCUGUGUCUCGUACCCCACUUGUGAUUCUGUGAUCCAUACCCACAAAGAAAGUGAUCUUUAUUGAGUAGUCUGUAUUAGGGCAUAAGAUAUCUUUUCAUCUGCAAGCAUAGCAAUUUGGUAAUGUUUGAACCAUGUACCAAAAUAAUAUACAUAUAAAAAGAGGAGGCUGCCCUGGCCUUUCGUUAAAUAUUCUAAUUAUCGUGUUUUGCAGUA